AUGAGCGCUGCCGAGCAGAUCGAGAACCUCAUCAGCUCCGUCGAGGCAGAUCUAGGUAUCGAAGCCAACGCUCCCGUUACUGAAGGCAACAAGCAGCAGCAGCAGCAGACGGGGCAGAAGGAACAGUCGAAGCGUGUCAAGACCCCCAAGACCCCUAAAGUAUCCGCGAUCAACUCGAACCAGCCGGAAAUCACCAAGCUGGAUAUUCGUGUGGGCCACAUCAUAAAUGUCUGGAAACACGAGACCGCGGAUAAACUCUAUUGCGAAGAGAUCGACGUCGGGGAAGACGCGCCUCGUCAGAUCGCAAGCGGCCUCGUGGCCCAUUACACGCUCGAGGAGAUGCAAGACCGUCGUGUGCUGGUGCUGUGCAAUCUGAAAGCGCGCAAUCUCGUGGGGUUCCGGAGUCACGGCAUGGUCUUGUGUGCAGCUGUGCCAGUAGCUGACGGGAAAGAGCACGUGGCCUUUGUGACGCCUCCUUUAGACGCCAAAGUGGGCGAACGCAUUACGUUUCCAGGACUUGUUGGGGAGCCUUUGUCUCCAGCACAAGUGGAGAAGAAGAAGGUGCUGGCGGUGCUGGGAGAUGCGAUGAAGACGGACGACAAGGGCGUGGCCAAGUGGCUCGAGCACGAGUUUACCACGUCCGCAGGGCCUUGUACGGCGCUUGUUAACAAUGGCGUCAUUCGAUAA